AUGCUCGUCGUACAGCACGCUCCGAGGAUGGGUUCGUCGCAGCCGCCCUCGGGCCAUUUUCAACCUUUUGGUUACCAAGUACCUUCUAAUCAAGACCCUCCUAUUACCGAUCCGCCUGAGCCUGCGCCUGGUGCUCCCCUCUUAUCAGACAACGAUAGCAGACUUCUCUCAUCGUUCUUCGACGACAUAAACGCCGAUCAAUUCAAUGUACCCUCUUUCGGCGAGGUCGGCCUACAAUUCAGUGAGAGUUGGUUCGAUCUUCCUCCACAGUUUAUGGGAUCCAGUACUUCGUUUGGCCAACAGCCAGGAUCUUCGUUAGGCGAGCCUUCAUCACAAGGACCGUCUCAUGGCAUUCAUGAAUUCCAUGGUAUAGCAUCCAUGGGGUCCAAUAUGAUGCCUCCUCCACCCCCGCCCCCAGUGCAUUCCCAUCACCAGGGCGAGCAUCGCCACGCCUCUGAUGAUGUGCUACAUGCAGCUGCUACUCUUGUUCAGAAUGGUUCAAACCAACGACAGUCUUCCAAUGGAGUUGAUAGCUCGGUGCAAAGGUCAAUAGGCCCUCCAGUGGGUCAUCUCCGUCACCAGCCAUUGGAAGAGUUUCGCGAGGAACAUCGACGCAGCGUGGCGGCUAGUGAACAAGAGCACUACCCAGAUUGGAUGGUAGGGACACAUGAACUACGCCAACAUCGAGCACCUCCUACCGAAUAUCAAUGGGGUUCUGAUGCCAACUUCAACCAAGUUACAUAUACCCCGAGUUCGGAAAAAGAAACAACGGAGUCUCUAUCAAAAGACCAACUAGGGAUGCUCGACUGUCUAGCCCAAAGUCAAAGUGCUGGCAAUACGCGACCCAGCAGUCCACUUCAAACCAAGGCACAACUCCCACACAGCAAACUAUCUGAAUUCACGAAAGUGCAAGAGAUUGACACGCCCCCAAGGAAAAGGAGAAAGAGCAGGAAUAGCAAGGAUGCCCCGAAUGAGGAGAUACAAGAAGAAACAGGUGCCUCAAAGCCUAUACGAAGACGCAAGCCCAAGGCGGAGCGUGCAGGGUCGAUCGCCUCAGCUGUUGCCAGCGAGGCUCCCGGUGGAAAACGUCGCAAAUCAGCUGCCAAUAAUGCUAAGUUGUCGAGAGAAAAUCUUUCGGAAGAACAGAAACGCGAAAAUCAUAUAAAGAGCGAGCAGAAACGGCGCACCCUUAUCAAAGAGGGCUUCGACGAUCUAUGCGAGCUCGUUCCCGGGCUUCGCGGCGGUGGUUUUAGUAAAAGCACAAUGCUUGCGAUGGCGGCGGAAUGGCUGGAUGAUUUGAUCAAGGGUAACAAAGCUUUGGAGGCUCAGGCUGCUGCUCUAGAGGAGCGCCCGUAG